AACGGGGACCGCAUGUUGUUUAAGAUAUUUCAUUAAAGAUUUUAGCUUCAUGAUAAAAGUCUAGAUAUUGUGUAGAAAGAUUUAAAUUAACUUCCUUGAGGUUUAGUGCAUGCUACUGCAGACUUUGCGAGUCUUUGUCUUUCAUCCGUGACACCCUUACAGUGUUGUGUUGGUCUGGUCGAAUCUUGCGGAAGCAACACUGAAAUCCGGAAGUUUGGGUGUUGGUUGGACGCAGCUGUCGAUCUCGGGUGUUCGCUUGUAGGUAAAGCCAAAAAAAACAGCCAAAAUGUCGAGCAAACGUGCCAAGGCAAAGAUAACCAAGAAGCGCCCUCAGCGUGCGACGUCCAAUGUCUUUGCUAUGUUCGAUCAGUCACAGAUUCAGGAAUUUAAGGAAGCAUUCAACAUGAUCGACCAGAACCGUGACGGUUUUGUCGAUAAGGAGGAUCUUCAUGACAUGCUUGCUUCUCUUGGCAAGAACCCAACAGAUGAUUAUUUGGAGGCGAUGAUGACAGAAGCUCCCGGGCCUAUUAACUUCACGAUGUUCCUCACUAUGUUUGGAGAGAAGCUUAACGGCACAGACCCAGAGGAAGUCAUUCGUAAUGCGUUUGCCUGCUUUGACGAGGAAGGAACAGGCUUCAUUCAGGAGGACUAUCUGAGAGAACUUCUGACCACUAUGGGCGAUCGAUUCACAGAUGAAGAAGUCGACGAGCUCUUCAGAGAAGCGCCAAUCGAUAAAAAGAGCAACUUCAACUACGUGGAGUUCACCCGUAUUCUUAAACAUGGAGCCAAAGACAAGGACGAUUAAAAAACAAACAACCAAGAAAACACCCUGCAUCCGUUUUAAAAAUCCCUUUUUAGCCUAGUAAAAUCCUGUGCUGUCCCGUUCAUCUGGAGUCCCCCUGAGAACCCAACUUUAACUCUGUUCUUGCUGUAUGUGUGUAUGGAAAUUAAGUGUUCACUCUACACAACUCACUAGACCUCAUGUUUUGAAUGGGUUAUGAUACAGUAUCACAGAUAAUGUCAUGCCACUCUAAUACUUAAAUCCUCAUGGUUUGGGCUGUCAAAAUCACUUUUUUUUUUUUUGAGGUUUAAAUGUUUUUUUUCUAACAUUAGUGUGCCAGUGUUUUGUUUUUUGCUGUAUGCCAGUUGGAACAAAUUCCACUUUAUUCGUCACACCUUACAAUUAAUUGGUGAAAGUAUUUUGUAAGUAUAGGGCUCUCAUGGAUCAUGUUUUCGUAUAUUUUGUCCAUGUCUAAGGUUUUUAUAACCAAGUGUAACUUUGCAGUUACAUUUAGCUAGUCGCACACAGGUAAGUUAUCUCAGACCUCUAAGACAGUCUUGUUUUUGUUUAAUCAGACAGUAAAAAAUGUGAACAUGUUGAUAUAUUUAGAUGCAUUUGAUCUCAUUUGAUUUCAUCGCCUAACUGAAUUUUUACAUCUGAUGAAUAUUAAGUAUUUUGAAUAAAUCUCUCUUAAUAAAUCA